UGUACCGCACGGUUCAGGCAAAUGCCAGCAGACACUGAAGCCCGCAAGACGUGGAGUUCAGUAACGCUGGUAAAUUGCGGGGCCUUGCUUACCAGCUUCGUGUCGCACCAUGGGCUCCUGGGUCGUGUCUUUCAGCACCGUCUCCAGUAUGGAACAGGCCCCAGACCUGGAUUCGAGGGGCCAGACUCGACGACGAUCCCCGACCUAAAGCAAGUCGGUGUAUUGAACAUUAGUGAGCCGUCUCCAUCAAACGCUGCCAUGGACCAGGACUAUGAGCAGCGGCUGUUUCAACAGAUCAAUAUCCACAAUGAGAAUGCCAGCCCUGUAAAAGCAACAGAGGUGAUGAGAACCCUGACCCCCACCAACUCGCCGGUUUCUUCCCCCAGCAAACAUGGCGACCGGUUCAUUCCGUCUCGCGCUGGAGCCAACUGGAGCAUCAACUUCCACAGGAUCAACGAGAAUGAGAAGUCACCCAGCCAGAACAGAAAAGCAAAAGAUGCGACGUCAGAUACCAGCAAAGCAGCCGACGGCCUGGCCUACUCUGCCCUGCUGAAGAACGAGCUGCUGGGGGCCGGGAUCGACAAGGUGCAGGACCCCCAGACCGAGGACCGCCGGCUACAGCCCUCCACCCCCGAGAAGAGGAGCCUCUUUAGCUACUCUCUGAGCGGUAAACGCUCCACCCCAGAUGAAGGGAACACCGUCUCCCCGUACUCCCUGUCCCCCGUCAGCUGCAAGAGUCAGAAGUUGUUACGGUCGCCGCGGAAACCCACGCGCAAAAUCUCCAAGAUCCCCUUCAAGGUGCUGGACGCCCCGGAGCUGCAGGACGACUUCUACCUGAACCUGGUGGACUGGUCAGCCCUGAACGUGCUCAGUGUGGGCCUGGGGACCUGCGUGUACCUCUGGAGCGCUUGCACCAGCCAGGUGACUCGUCUGUGCGACCUCUCGGUGGAAGGAGACUCCGUCACCUCGGUGGGCUGGUCAGAGAGGGGUAAUCUGGUGGCCGUGGGAACACACAAAGGGUUUGUGCAGAUCUGGGAUGCUGCUGCUGGCAAGAAGAUGUUCACCCUGGAGGGCCACACAGCCAGAGUCGGCGCGCUGGCGUGGAACGUGGACCAGCUGUCGUCGGGCAGCCGGGACCGGAUGAUCCUGCAGCGGGACGUGCGGACCCCCCCCCUGCAGUCGGAGCGCAGGCUGCAGGGACACCGGCAGGAGGUCUGCGGCCUGAAGUGGAGCACAGACCACCAGCUGCUGGCCUCCGGGGGCAACGACAACAAGCUGCUGGUGUGGAACCACUCCAGCCUGCUCCCCGUGCAGCAGUACACGGAGCACCUGGCAGCGGUGAAGGCCAUCGCCUGGUCCCCCCACCAGCACGGCCUGCUGGCGUCCGGGGGCGGCACGGCCGACCGCUGCGUGCGCUUCUGGAACACGCUGACGGGCCAGCCGCUGCAGUGCAUGGACACCGGCUCCCAGGUCUGCAACCUGGCCUGGUCCAAGCACGCCAACGAGCUGGUAAGCACACACGGCUACUCUCAGAACCAGAUCCUCGUGUGGAAAUAUCCGGCCCUGACGCAGGUGGCCAAGCUGACGGGCCACUCCUACAGAGUGCUUUACCUGGCCAUGUCUCCAGACGGGGAAGCCAUUGUCACGGGCGCCGGUGAUGAAACCCUGCGGUUCUGGAACGUGUUCAGCAAAACGCGGUCCACGAAGGAAUCUGUGUCUGUCUUGAACCUCUUCACCCGGAUACGGUAAUAUUAGGAAGGGUUUGGGGUGGGGGGUGGGUGGGGGUGUCCGGGAUAGAGACUUGAGAGGGAAUGCACAGAUUCCAUUGCACAACGCCACGUUGAUCCUGAGAGAGAGAGGAGGACGUGACUGAGGCUCCUCCAGCCCGUCGUUUCGGAGAGGAAGAGGAGUCAAAAAAAUACAGAAUCCAUUCUCCUCAAUAUUUGUUUACACACAAUCGACUGCCAAAUGUCUAUUCGGAGAAUUUUUUGUUUUUGUGUUUUUUUUUUGUUUGUUUUUUUUCUCCUCAAUGUUUGUUUAAUAUAUCAACACAUCUUUUCUUCUCUGUUUUUGUAUUUGUCAAGUGUCCAUGUUCACUUUAGUUUGUCGAAAGCAGCCUUAUACACCAACGCCGUUUAACCACUGGGAGAGAGAGAUGUGGGCGCCAUUUUAGUUAGCUAGAAUUCUAAUUUAUUUACUUUAUAAUAAUACUUUUGACAAUAGAUUAUAAUAUAAUUUUACAAUGGGGGACAAAGUAUUUUUUUUUAAAACAGCUAUGUAUGGGGGUUCAUGAAAAUUCACUCUCUCUUGUAAAAACAUUUCUAACUGGAACGUGAUCAAUCAAAACAGCCUUGUUUUUGUGAAGUACCUCAAAUCUCACAUUACCUUUGGUAAUUGCAUUGAAAACACUCCAUUUUGAACAAGAGAUUGAGAGAUUCUUAGCCAGUAUUGUCAGAACAGGGUUGACCUUGUGUCUUAAGUGAUGUAUCAGGUGCUACUAUUCCAACGACAUCAUGCUGUAUGUUACGAACCUAAUUUUACACUAUUCACUAUUAUGCGUGUUCAAACAAUAGGCAACGGUUCAAUGCAUUCACUCUUCCAGCCAGUGCUACCUGUUGUCUUCUGUGCCCAUCUAUAUUCCCAUAUGGGAAGGUUGAACACAUUGUGUCUGAGCAGUGGUACCAGUGCCAGUAUUAGAUUUACAUUUUUUGAAGUGUUUGAGUAACAUUUAAACCAUCAAGGCAUUAUAUUUGCAUACCCAGAAAAGAUUAUAAGAAGAUGGAUUUAAAAAAACUGGAAUCUCAAGUACAGCGUGUAGCCUGUAUAAUUUGGCUUGGAGUAUCUUAAACUCAAGUGGUUUUGAAUGUCCAGGUCUCAUGUUCUGUUUGUUUAUUUCCGAUUGAAUAGAGAGGCUUGAUUUCCCACUGCAUUUUCUUUGUCAUGUAAAAAAAAUACAAUUGAGCUCAAUUGUG